UGCAUUGCGGCACAGUUCAUGCCGUCUUCUUGAGGCAAAAUGGCCGACAUUAUAGAUAUCGAUGUAGACGACCAGGAUUUCCAUGAAGACGAGGGAGAUGACGAUCUUAGAAAACUAAAGUCAUCAGUAACUAAAAGAAAAGGUAGAGGCUUUAAAGAUUCUUCUUCUAAUAGAGACAAGGGAGCUUACGAGUCAAUUGCUGAUGAAGAAAGCGGUGAAGACUUUGGACCGGCGCGUUCAGUUGAAGGUUGGAUAUUGUUCAUAACCAAUGUUCAUGAAGAAGCUCAAGAAGAUGAUAUUCGAGAUGUUUUUGCAGAAUACGGAGAGAUUAAAAAUGCGCAUUUAAAUCUGGACAGGAGAACUGGUUUCCUAAAAGGAUACGCUCUCGUUGAGUAUGAAACAUUCAAAGAAGCUCAGAGUGCAUUAGAGGCAUUGAAUGGAGCCGAGUUGUUGGGGCAGAAGAUAAACGUGGAUUGGGCAUUUGUCAGAGGACCCUACGGUAGCAAAAAGCCGAGCAGAAGAGAGAGGAAGAGAUAGACUUUCACAACUUUUUAGGACAGUUUUCGGUUUGAAACUUGAACACCUUGAGAAACACUAGUCCCGAGAAAAACCGCCUUAGAAUGUUGGCGUCUGGGAAAACUUGUGAAUGUUACUGUGUUCAACAAACAGAACAAAACGAGCAUGUAAGGGCAUAAGGGGGGAAGUUUCCUAUCUUUUCUUACAUCUGCUAAAGGCCAUUAACAUGUACAAACUUUGCUUCUGUGUUGUAAAGAAAGUAUAGCAAACUUUAUUGUCGCUUUGGUCAGAAUUUGACAGGACAGAUUAUUUUUCUCUAAUAUCACCUACUCUAUUUGAAAAAAACUUUGCAUAAAUUCUUGUUUUAAACAGUUGCCAUGUUGGCUAACAAGACACACCUUAUUGUCAAGGGUUUUCUGUAGUCAAGACUUUAAGAUGAUAAAAAAUAUCCCAAUUUUUUAUGUAUUCUAUGUAUAAAUUUGCAUUUUCUACUCUUUUGAAACCA